GCUGACGGACGAGGAGCUGAUGCGAGCGUGCGGGGGCCGCACAGCACACAAGGGUGCCCGUCACGGCCUGACCAUGAGCGCCAAGCUGGCGCGCCUGGAGGAGCAGGAGCGAGCCUUCCUGGCCACGUACCGACGUAAGGAGUGGCAGCUUGCGCCCCCAGAGAGGAGCCCCCCAGCAGAGAGGCAGGCAAAAAAGAAGAAAAAAAGGAAACAGUCCAGGGAUGGAGCCGAUCCCGAGGUGCUGCAGAGCCGGGAGCCAAGCAGAGAAGAGGAGAAGAAGAAGAAGAAGCAGGAGGAGGAGGAAGACAAAGAAGAGCCAGUUGAGACAGAGAAGAAGAAGAAGAAGGAGAAGGAGGACAAAGAAGAGCCAGCUGAGACAGGGAAGGAGAACAAGAGGAAGAAAAAGAAGAAGAAGAAGGAGAACAACGAAAAGCCAGGGUGA